AUGCGCUUCUUCUCAAAUACAGUUACCGUUGACCCGGCGGACCGAACUUCGCUGCGGGUGCUCGCGGCAGGUCUCCCACGAUGCGCAACCAGCUCAAUGCAAACUGCCUUCGAUUCAAAACACCUUGGCCUAGCUCCAUGCAUGCAUUUUGCGCACAUUGCACCAAAUCCCCAGCGCGGCGACAUCGUUCUGGCUGCGCUACGGGAAGAGAACACAGAACGGCGGCAUAAGCUGCUGUACACAUUAUUCAAUGGCUUUCUAGCAGCUUCCGACAUGCCACCGUGUGUCUUUGCGGAUGAUCUUAUGGAUAUGUAUCCAGAUGCCAAAAUUGUGCUGAACAAACGGCCCGGUGGCGGCCAUAAAUGGGUGCCGUCAAUGCAGCUGCUUACAUUUGCUGCGUCGCCCGUAUAUCGCGCUCUGUGCUUCCUGUGGAAAACCGACCGCAAUGUAGCUGCGAUGUGGGACGAGAUUGAGGUCGUCAACAAGAAAAAACUGGGGCUGAAGUCGGACGAACUCUGGACGGCCAAGCACUACGAUGCGCACAAUGCUUGGGUUCAUGCCGAGGCUGCUAAGCGUGGACGCGACGUUUUGGAAUUUGAGCCUCAAGACGGAUGGGAGCCUUUGUGCACCCUUCUCGGCAAGCCCACACCAAAGGACGAGCCUUUCCCUCACCGCAAUGACGCGUCUGAGGUUCGAAUGAUCGUCAGGAUUCUGUACCUACGAGGUGCAAUCUCGUGGCUCGCAUUGGCUGCGGCUGUUUACGGUGUGACAAAAUGGCUUGUAAAUGGUCGAAUCUUCUGA